AUGAAAAGUCGCGAGGAGUUCCAUGAAGCAUUUAAGGAAUCAGUAGACGCCGACCUCAAGCAAGUAGGCUAUGAUGACCUCAAUAGAACGUGGCACAGUAUCCGCAUGUUCACGAAGGUCAUCGCGACUCAGUUUGCACGAGGUGCGAAUUCGGAUCUUCCCAAAAAGUAUCGGUAUGAAUACGACCUCCGAGAGCUGUGGUAUUGGAUCCUGCAGUCUGCUCGAUACAUCGCUGCAGACCACCCUGCGCAAGACAGAUUGGUCAUGCAAGUUCUGCAUACAAGGGAGAUGGGUGUUCUUUCGAGAAAGAUUGGGCCUCCAAAGAAAGGAGAGGAGAACGCUGAGACGGAGAUAGCGACUACCUCUGAUGGCAACAUUUGGAGUGACCUUCCUUUCCUUGCGCCUGAAGUUAAAGCAGCCUGGACAGCGUCUACAACAAGCUUUCCCUCCGUCGAUCGCCACAACUUGAGUGCCUUCGUCGCCCGGCUCGCUUCUGUUGGAGUCCGAGAUCCUGAGUUGGGCCUGGUCGCGAUUUGGAUCCUCCGCGAUACUCUUGAGACUCCACGGCCGCUUACAAGAACAGAGACUGAUACCAACGACUCUGAAAAUCAGCCGGCUGCGAUUGUGGACCUUCUACCAGCCGCAACGGCGUGGUUCCUAUACUGCGGCCACAAGAUCGAAAGUCUAUGCAUUCAAAAUCAGAACUUCGGAUCUAGUUCGAAAACGGGCGAACUGGCUAGAAGAGCAGAGAUUGAGCCCGACUGUGGAUUCAGUGUGGCCAGGUGGACCUUUUGGAGGGACAGGCUUGAUGAGAUACGGCAGUGUGGGGACAGAGAGGUUGCACAAUUGGCAGAAAAAGCACACAGGACUAUGAAGGCUUGGGGUGAAAGGAUUGAGACUACGGAUUGA